AUGAUUGGCGUUUGGUGGAACUUCGAAGGAAUCUUGCAUUUUGAACUUGUACCGAAUGGUCACACCAGCAACGCUGAACUUUACUGCGAGCAGCUUGAUCGAGUCUACGAUGUGCUGGUUGAAAAGUAUCCAAGUCUUGUUCGUCGAAAACGUGCUGUGUUUCAACAAGACAAUGUAAAGCCGCAUACCGCAAGAACGACCAGCAACAAGUUUGAAGAGUUGGACGAUGUCGAAAUUCUGCCACAUCCACCCUAUAGUCCAGACGUUGCUCCAUCUAACUACGAUCUCAUCCGGUCAAUGCAGCACUCUAUGAAAGGUCGCCGAUUUGAGUCAUUCGAUAAAGUUGAAGAAGCAUGUCAAGAGUUUUUCAAUUCAAAGCCGAAGGAGUGGUACUUUGACCAAAUCGAAAAGCUUGCAAAUCGUUAG